AUGCUAUCGCACGCCGACCUCCUGGACGCUCGGCUGGGUGAGUUGUCCUCGCCCAACUCGGCGCUUCAACUCUGCUGGAUGAAGGACGCGGCCGAGCUGCUGGGCCACCGCGAGGCUUUAAAGUGCAGGCUGAGCGGAGCUGGAUCGGAACCGGGACAUUCGGACGGUGUGGAGGGUACCACCAUGCUCCCCGCCGAGGAUAUGGCUUCGUCAGGGCCGGGAGCCAGCGCCAAUCCGGUGCAGGUGAUCAAGGAACAGGACAAGCAGAACAGUGGAGGUGCAGCUCAGCAGAAUCCUCCGAAUCAGCAGCAGGCCCAGAAACAAAAGCGGCACCGGACCCGCUUCACGCCGGCGCAGCUCAAUGAGCUGGAGAGGAGCUUUGCCAAGACGCACUACCCGGACAUCUUCAUGCGGGAAGAGCUCGCCCUCAGGAUCGGUCUCACCGAGUCCAGAGUGCAGGUGUGGUUCCAGAACCGUCGCGCCAAGUGGAAGAAGCGCAAGAAGAGCACCAACGUGUUCCGGGCUCCCGGCACGCUGCUGCCGACACACCACGGCCUGCAGCAGUUCACCUCUGCGGCGGCGGCGGCUGCAGCGGCGGCGGCCAUGGGCGACGGCCUGUGCUCCUUCCACGCCAACGACGGGCGCUGGGGCCCGGCCAACAUGUCCCAGCUGCAGCUUCCCCCCGCCCUGGGAGGGCGGCAGCCGUCCAUGGCACAGUCGCUGUCCCACUCCCAGUGCGGCCUCCAGCCACCUCCGCCGCCCACCUCCAUGGGGCUGUCCAACAUGUCCGGCAACAACGGCGGGGGCGGCGGCGGGCUCCAGUCCCACCUCUAUCAGGCCCCUUUCCACGGCAUGGUGCCCUCCGCCAACGUGGGCGGCUCGCCACAACUGUGCGCGUCCCCGCCGGACAGUGACGUGUGGCGGGGCACGAGCAUCGCCUCGCUCCGUCGUAAGGCUCUGGAGCACACGGUGUCCAUGAGCUUCACCUAAUAACCCCAAGUGAAGCUUUAUUUGGGAAGUCGAACUACUUGGCACAUUUUAAACGUCACCAUUCCAUAUUUCCUCUCAUGAAAACAUAUUUGGUGAUGAAAAAUUUUCAUUCGAUAUUUAUUUGUCUUCUGAUUUUCACAAAGGAACGGUUUUGGCAUGGCGCUUACUCAUGAUUUUCAUUUGAAUUGAAUGAACUUUGGACGGGAUAAAAGCAACAAAACAAAAAAAAUAAAUAAAAAAGAAACGAGUGACUGCUUGUGCACUUACAGUGCUGGCCAAUUGGCACCCCUGCAAUUUUGUCAGAUAGUGCUCAAUUUCUCCCGGAAAAUGAUUGCAAUUACAAAUGCUUUGGUUGUAAUAUCUUCCUUUAUUGUGCUUGCAGUGAAAAAACUCUAAAAAGAAUGGGGGGGAAAUCAUUGUCAUCAGAGGCGUCACGUCCCAUUAGGCAAACCAGGCAAUUGCCUAGGGCCCCCAGCUAGCAGGGGCCCCCAGAGGGCCAACAGAUUUAGCACACACAGUUUUACUGCACUGUGUAGUGAGUGUUUCAAUACCAUGGAAUCAUUUGGCAGAUUAUCUAACCAUUCUGUUAUCCCAAUCAGCACUAACCAUGUCGCGUAGAUUAUACAUGUUUAAGAAAGUCCAAUCAGCUAUUAAUUCCACACGAUUGUUUUUUUAAGAGUGACUCGUCCAAAUACUCUCUGGAAAGUCCUUGCCGUGUUGUUUUACAUUGAUUUUCACAGGCCACCUGAUUAUUCAUGUGACUACUUAAAGAAAUUGAGAUUUUUCCCAAAAAAGUCUAUUAAUGGGUCUAUCGUAUUCCUCGUCAAAUACUGUCAAUUUAAAAAAAUAGAUCCUUAGGUAGACAUUCGUAAAAUUACCCAAAAAUAAGGAGAGAAGACAGUCAGUUUUCUUGGCCAAGGAGAGCAAGGAGGGACUAUACAGAUAAAUGCUACAUUACGCUGUAUAGUCACCAAAAUUGAUCUAAGGAAAAAACCCUCCUUUGCUCUUUUUAUUAGGGGUUUGUCCUAACACAGAAAGGGUGCCGCCCUGAAGGGAGGGGGGAGCAAG